GACAUCUUGUGCUUAGAACAAAACAUUUCUACCUCGUUGUUGAUCAUAAUGGCCGACCUGUUCUUGAUUCCUGCACUUAUCGCUGCGGUCUUUGUGUUUACACGCCUUGUAUAUGUCAGCCUUCUGCCCAAGCCAAUCCCAGGGAUUCCAUGUAACGAAGACUCGAGUACGCGACUUUGGGGGGAUUACAACUACUUCAUUGAGAUUGAAAAAUCAGGAGGUUUCUGGCUAGAAUUCUUCACGGACCUGCUUUCGAAGCACAAAACGCCGAUUGCCCAGUAUUUUCCGGGCCCUUUCGAAAGCGCCCAUGUCGUCAUUGGAGAUUAUCGUGAGGCUCGCGACCUUAUGACGAAGCGCAGCAAAGACCUUGGUAGGGGUUACAAGAACAACGUGUCGUGGCGAGGGGUGCUCCCCGAGCAUUUUAUUGCUAUGGAUAGUUUCCAACCGUCUUUCAAAGAGGCUUCAUUUCUCACCAAGGACUUGAUGACACCGAGUUUCUUACAUGGGGUAUCUGCACCCGCUUGCUACAAGACGGUGCUCAACCUUAUCAAGUUGUGGAAAGUCAAGGCAGCCAUGGCCAAUGGGUUGCAUUUUGAUGCGGGUGAAGACUUGGAGGGCUUUACCUACGACAUUAUGAUGACUUCAGCAUUCGAAAUAGCGGAGCAGACCAGUUAUACAAUGGACCGGCUACGGGCUACUAAGGAAGCCGAGAAAGCCGACUUUGAAGACACCAACCCGUUUCACCCCGCCGACUUUCUACGCGUGGAGAAACCCGAGCUACUCACUGCCCUUCAUGUAUUGAACGACAGAGUCAGCGGCGCCCUCCAGUCAACAUUGCCGAAGACUUCUCUCAUGCUUAAUGGACUACGCCGUUCGGUUCGCCAAGCCUUCAAAUCCAAGAGGACAAUCAUCCAGUCCCACGUUGACCUCGCCGUUGAAAGACUAUCCAGAGGAGGCUCAAAGGAGAAGUUUCACUCAGCAGUGGAUUAUGUCGUAUCCCGCGAAAAGUUGGCCGCUGAGACUGAUGGACGGCUACCCGUAUUCAACUCUCCGCGUAUCAACGACAUGCUAUGGGGUUACCUGGUGGGCGGGCAAGAUUCGACUUACAGCACUCUGUGCUUUACCGUAAAAUACCUCACGGCACAUCAAGACGUCCAAUCGAAGCUGCGUAAGGCCCUGCGCCUCGCUUAUUCUGAAGCAGACGAGCAAGACCGUCAGCCGACAUUGGACGAGAUGGUGAAGACGCAAGUCCCCUACCUGGACGCCUUCAUCGAGGAGACUCUCCGUAUAUGCAGCCCCGCUGGGGCGAUCGCGAAGGAGGCACUCUGCGACAUGACAGUGUUUGGGCACGUGAUCCCAAAGGGUACUCUGAUCGUAUUCAUGCUGGCUGGCCCCACAAUCAAUAUGCCUGGGGCGGAGGUUGAGGAGACGGAACGCAGUGAACUAUCGUAUAAGAUUUCUAGCGCGUGCGUGGAUGACUGGUCCCAUAGUACGGCAGCCUGCAGGGCGCACUGGUCCAAAAGUCAAAGGGUUACUACACCUACCCUAUUAGUUUCUAGAAACACUGCAUAUUAUUAAUCUAACCUGUACAUAACUAAUCAGUC